AUGGCAAUCUGUGGGGCCGGUCAGCAGGCAACGCCCGGGGUUGCUAAUGUUCGCGAUGGCCUCACAAUUCAUCUAGGAAAUCUUAGAGGCAUCACGCUUAAUUCAGAGAAGAGGAUUGUCUCUAUUGCGGCUGGUGGAGAGGGACAGAUGUGGGGUGGUAAGGUCUUCUACUUUCAACCCAGCUUUUCUGGCCAGAUUCAAAAUCUUGCCGAGUAUCCGCGUGACCCCAAAGCCGACUACGAUAUCCACAUUUGCGUCAGUCUCGGAUACGCCGGUGCGUUUGACGACUUCGUGUAUAUGAAUGAUGUCUUCUGCACAAGACCAGAAAAGCCCAAAACACUUGAACCAUCCGCAGAUAUCCAGCCUCAGAUCGAUCAGAUGAAGACUUUACGCAUCGACAACCUUAAAAGCUUUACUAGCGAGGGAUUUGCAAAUAGGGUAGCAAAAAAUGUUCACUACUUUGAAGGCUGA